GCUGCUUAUUUAAUAAUUUUCAUUUGUGUAUAGAAUAAUGGAAAACAAACAAAGAAGGCUUCCAAAUUUCACUAGCACUGAGGAAAAUAUGUUAAUUACGUUGGCGGAGCGGCACGCAAAUCUUAUUGAAAAUAAAAAAACGGAUGCAGUGACCUGGGAGAAAAAGCGGAAGGCCUGGGAAACUAUCGACGUCGAAUUUGAGGCUCAAGUUGGAAUCAGGAGAGGUGCAAAAAAUUUACGCGAAAAAUAUGAGAACUUAAAGAGGAGGGCCAGAAAAUGCUUGGCGGAAGAAAAAAUGGAACUUUAUAAAACAGGAGGUGGAGUAUAUAAGCAGCGGCGGGACAUCAACACAGAAAGGUUGGCUGCUUUAAUGGGUCAAUCUGCUACAGGAUUGGACAAUGAUUUUGACAGCGAUGCCUUUCAAGAAAUCGAAUAUGUGGACGAUAUUAAUGGGGAUCUGCGCUCCGCUACCGAAACAAUCAAGGAAAGCCCGAUCAAAGACCAAAACAUUGAUAUACGCCUCAACCCCUCGCUUGGAAAAGCACGGUUUCUACAACAACAAUCUUUGGACGACUCUAUGCCAAGUCAAACAGCGAAUGAUGUGGAGAUUAUUGAGGGCGCAGAGAUUGAAAAUACACUUGAUUGGAGCUCAUGGAAUCCAACUAGUUUGCGGACGAAAAAAGCUAAUAAGCUGGAGGUCAAAUCAGAGCAGAAAAAAAAUAAGACCAUUCUCGAUUCCUAUCAUUUGUUUUGGGAGGAAGAAAACAAAAGGGCGGUAGACAAGCAUGCAAUGGCGAAAGAAAAGCAUACACUCGAAGUAAAAGAAGCUCAGAUGAAAUUAGAACUUUUGCAAAUAGAAAUUGAUUAUAAGAAACAUAGAAGUUCUAGUCAACUGCUUUAAUCUAUAUCUAUUUCUAAAAGUUAUAAUUUCAUAUUAGAUGUGGUGUUCUGCCGCUGCUUAUAUUGAGAGCAGAAGUUUUAUACUGCUUUUUCUUUCAAAGUUGCAAUUUACAAAAACCCUUUCUAGAAAUUUUAAUUACAAUGUUUAUAAUUGGUAUGAAAAGUUUAUAAAAUUGUUUGGGGCAUA